UUUUUUGAUCAAAAUUGUUUUUUGGUUGCUUAGACUUUUCGGGUUUUAUCUUAAAUUUCUGCAGCAAAUUAGUGUAUUGUGUAACGCUUAGGAAAUUUUACCAAUAAUAAUUUAAAUGGAGGAAGAAGGCGAAAUAUUGAAUACUGAAGCUUCCCGCGGUGAAAAACGAAACUCUACUGCACUUGAAGAAGAAGAUUUUGAAGAAACUUUAUCGAUAAAACCUCCCCCAGUUUCGAAUAAAAAACAUAAACGACACAAAAAACAUAAAACAAAUAAAGACGACAAAAAAAGAAAACACGGCAAAACCAAAUCUGAAGAUGGGAAUGAAAACGAUAAAGAUCUAACCUCAAACACAAAAGAUAUUGAAUCAAAACACCGCGGUAACGAUUAUUCUGAUUCGUUAAUACGUCGUUCUCCUGACCAAUCAGAUUCAUGGAAACGAGACAGGAGCCACAGGCAAUCAGAUACACGUGCGCACGAUCGAUCGAAAUCGCAUGAAUAUAAAUCAAGGGAAGGAGAUCGUCCAAGGUCCGGUGGGUACCCAAGCCGUGGUUACCGAGCCGACCACGACCGUCCCCGUGACGACCGCUUCCCUCGCCCCAGAGAUGACAGGGGAAUCCCCUCCCGACCCCGACCGGGUGAAGACGCAAGGUCGAGAAUUAAUUCAAGACGAGAACUCGCAAAACACAAAGCUCCGUUAAUUGUUCGACAAUAUGAUGACGCGAACAAGCAAAGAAAAGAUAAAGUUGAUGAAAAAAACAAACACGAACGUUCGAUUUCAUCUUCAGUCGUCGUCACAGGGAACAGGAAGCUUGAAGCUGGGGAAGAAAAAAGGAACAGUUUAGAUGAAACAAAACUGAAACAACAACGAAUGGAAGUCAGGAGGAUCUCACCCCAAGGUAAGAAGUUGGAAAUAUUGAAGAAGAAUAAAGAUAUUGUAGAAGAAAUUGUCAGCAGUGAAAAUUCAUCAGACUCCUCAGCAUCCAGCGAUAGUGAAAGCGAGAAUGAAAAACCUGAAGUUGAAGAACAAGAUGAAGAAGAAGAGACAAAUAUCCAGGAUGAAUCUGCAACUCAGAGUGACGAAGAAACUGCCGCGUCAUCGUCAAAUUCAUCGUCGGCUGAAGAAGUGGGCGAGUCAGCAAAUUCUGAAGAUGAUGAGUCAGCAUCCGAGGAAUCAGGAGAUGAGUCGGCAGAAAUGAGCGCAGAGGAAGAAGAUCCGUCAUCAAGAUUUGAUUCCCCGGGCAAGGAUGAUCGUCUUGAUGAGGAUGAGGAGCAUAACGAUGAGGAUGCGAACACACCAGAGCAUGAGGUGGAUGUGCAUGAGGAGAUACAAGAUCCUGAGCUUCCUUUCUACCUCCCUGCCAUCCAGGGCUGCAGGAGCGUUGAUGAAUUCCAGUGUCUUAAUCGAAUCGAGGAAGGAACCUACGGUGUCGUUUAUCGCGCAAAGGAUAAAAAGACAGAUAAUGUGGUUGCAUUGAAGAGAUUGAAGAUGGAGAAGGAACGUGAAGGUUUCCCCAUCACGUCCCUCCGUGAAGUUUGUACGCUGCUCAAGGCUCAUCAUCCUAACUGUGUGAGGGUUCAGGAAAUAGUAGUCGGUUCAAACGUGGACAAAAUCUACAUCGUCAUGGAUUACGUGGAACAUGAUCUUAAAAGUUUGAUGGAAACCAUGAAGCAGCCUUUUCUUACUGGUGAAGUAAAAACACUGAUGAUUCAGCUGCUACAAGGUGUUCACCAUCUCCAUGACAACUGGAUAUUACAUAGAGAUCUUAAAACAUCAAACCUACUGUUGAGUCAUAGAGGAAUAUUGAAGAUAGGUGACUUUGGAUUAGCCCGUGAAUAUGGUUCCCCGUUAAAACCAUACACCCCUAUAGUUGUUACAUUGUGGUACAGAUGCCCAGAGUUGCUGCUUGGAGCGAAGGAAUAUUCAACAGCAGUUGACAUGUGGAGCGUGGGCUGUAUUUUCGCAGAAUUCCUCAACAAGAAACCAUUGUUCCCUGGAAAAUCUGAAACAAUGCAACUCAAUCUUAUAUUUAAGGAGCUCGGAACGCCAAGUGAGAAGAUAUGGCCGGGUUAUAAUGACUUGCCCAUAGUUAAGAAGACAACAUUUGUUGAGUACCCAUACAAUACAUUGAGGAAAAGAUUCGGCGCAACUGAUAUUUCACAGAAGGGAUUCGACCUUUUAAACAGGUUUCUUACCUACUCCCCUGAGCGUAGAAUAUCUGCAUACAACGCUUUAAAACACGACUGGUUCCUUGAAACCCCCAAACCCGUGGAACCCUCCAUGUUUCCCACAUGGCCAGCUAAAAGUGAGCUUGAUAAGAAGCGUGCCGGUCCAGCAGCAUCAAGUCCUCCCAAAGCACCAGCAGGAGCCAUGGGUUAUAGUAAACUUAUUAAUGAGGAAGAGAAACUUGGGUUCCAGCUCACAGCACCAAAGCACGGGAUCAGUAAGCAGGGGAUGGGGUUCAGUCUAAAAUUCUGAUUUGUAAAUUAUUCCUUGGAUGAAACGCCAGGCGUGCAGUAUCUUGUGUGUCAUUCCUUUGUAAAAUCUGCCACUUUUAUUCUCGCUAUUAAAUCAAUUUCUAGAUA